CAAUGUGUGCGUACUGUUUACAUGUGUCUGUACCUUUUGUGUCUCUUCACAGUCCCUGUUGUUCCGUAAGGUGUAUCUUUACCUGCUUUUUAAAUCUGAUUCUACUGUUUGCAUCAGUUAUCAGAUGUGGAAUAGAGUUCCAUGUAGUCAUGGCUCAAUGUAGUACUGUGUGCCUCCUAUAGUCUGUUCUGGACUUGGGGACUGUGAAGACACCUCUGGUGGCAUGUCUUGUGCGGUAUGCAUGGGUGUUCCGAGCUGUGUGCUAGUAUUUUAGACAGCUCGGUACAUUCAGCUUGUCAACACCUCUUACAAAAACAAGUAAUGAUGAAGUCCAUCUGUCUUCCACUUUCAGCCAAGAGAGAUUGACCUGCGUAUUAUUAAUAUUAGCUCUCUGUGUACAUUUAAGUGCCAGUUGUGCUGCUCUGUUCUGAGCCAACUGCAAUUUUCCUAAGUCCCUCUUUCUGGCACCUUAUCACACUACAACACAGUUGCCUAUGUGCUACAAAACUAGGGCCUGUAGGACCUGCCUUGUUGAUAGUGCUGUUAAGAAGGCAGAGCAGAGCUUUAUUAUGGACAGACUUCUCCCCAUCUUAGUUACUGUUGUAUCAAUAUGUUUUGACCAUGACAGUUUACAAUCCAGAGUUACUCCAAGCAAUUUAGUCACCUCAACUUGCUCAAUGUUCACAUUAUUCAUUACGAGACGUAGUUUAGUGAAUGGUUUGUCCCAAAUACAACUCUUUUAGUUUUGGAAAUAUGUAGGACUAACUUAUUCCUUGCUACCCAUUCCGAAACUAACUGCAGCUCUUUGUUAAGUGUUGCAGUCAUUUCAGUCACUGUAGUAGCUGACAUGUAUAGUGUUUAGUCAUCCGCAUACAUAGACACACUGGCUUUACUCAAAGUCAGUGGCAUGUCGUUAGUAAAGAUUGAAAAAGUAAGGGGCCUAAACAGCUACCCUGGGGAAUUCCUGAUUCUACCUAGAUUAUGUUGGAGAGCAUUCCAUUAAAAAACACCCUCUGUGUUCUUUUAGACAGGUAACUCUUUAUCCACAUUAUAGCAGGGGGUGUAAAGCCAUAACAUAUACGUUUUUACAGCAGCAGACUAUGAUCGAUAAUGUCAAAAGCUGCACUGAAGUCUAACAAAACAGCCCCCACAAUCAGUUUAUCAUCAGUCAUUUAAGUGCCGUGCUUGUUGAGUGUCCUCCCCUAUAAGCGUGUUGAAAGUCUGUUGUCAAUUUGUUUACUGUGAAAUAACAUUGUAUCUGGUAAAACACCAUUUUUUUUAGAAGUAAGGAUUGGUAACAGGCUGAGUGGUUGGCUAUUUGAGCCAGUAAAGGAGGAUUUACUAUUCUUGGGCAGCGGAAUGACUUUAGCUUCCCUCCAGGCCUGAGGGCACAUGCUCUCUAGUCGGCUUAAAUUGAAGAUGUGGCAAUAUCGUUCGCUAUUAUCCUCAGUAAUUUUUCAUCCAGAUUGUCAGACCCCGGUGGCUUGUCAUUCUUUUUAUUUAGUUUAGUCACAUUUCUUAAUUUGCAGUACGUUUGCCAAUCAGUUGUGCAGACAGACUUAUUUGCCAUUCCUUUUGCCUCAUCCCUCUCAACCAUACCAUUUUCAAAUUCCUCAUCAAUCCAAGGAGAUUGCACAGUUUUUAGUCAUUUUCUUAAUGGCUGUGUGCUUAUUAGUAACUGAAAUAAGUAGUUUCAUAAAUGUGUCAAGUGCAGCAUCUGGUUGCUCCUCAUUACACAGCAGACCAGCAGCAUCUGGUUGCUCCUCAUUACACAGCAGACCAGCAGCAUCUGGUUGCUCCUCAUUACACACCACAGACCAGCAGCGUCUGGUGGCUCCUCAUUACACACCAGACCAGCAGCGUCUGGUUGCUCCUCAUUACACACCACAGACCAGCAGCAUCUGGUUGCUCCUCAUUACACACCAGACCAGCAGCGUCUGGUGGCUCCUCAUUACACACCACAGACCAGCAGCAUCUGGUUGCUCCUCAUUACACACCAGACCAGCAGCGUCUGGUUGCUCCUCAUUACACACCAGACCAGCAGCGUCUGGUGGCUCCUCAUUACACACUACAGACCAGCAGCGUCUGGUAGCUCCUCAUUACACACCACAGACCAGCAGCAUCUGGUUGCUCCUCAUUACACACCAGACCAGCAGCGUCUGGUUGCUCCUCAUUACACACUACAGACCAGCAGCAUCUGGUUGCUCCUCAUUACACACUACAGACCAGCAGCGUCUGGUGGCUCCUCAUUACACACCAGACCAGCAGCAUCUGGUUGCUCCUCAUUACACACCACAGACCAGCAGCAUCUGGUUGCUCCUCAUUACACACCACAGACCAGCAGCGUCUGGUGACUCCUCAUUACACACCACAGACCUGCAGCAUCUGGUUGCUCUCAGACACCAGACCAGCAGCGUCUGGUUGCUCCUCAUUACACACCACAGACCAGCAGCGUCUGGUGGCUCCUCAUUACACAUCACAGACCAGCAGCGUCUGGUGGCUCCUCAUUACACACCACAGACCAGCAGCGUCUGGUUGCUCCUCAUUACACACCACAGACCAGCAGCAUCUGGUUGCUCCUCAUUACACACCACAGACCAGCAGCAUCUGGUUGCUCCUCAUUAUACACCAGACCAGCAGCGUCUGGUUGCUCCUCAUUACACACCAGACCAGCAGCAUCUGGUGGCUCCUCAUUACACACCACAGACCAGCAGCAUCUGGUUGCUCCUCAUUACACACCAGACCAGCAGCAUCUGGUUGCUCCUCAUUACACACCACAGACCAGCAGCAUCUGGUUGCUCCUCAUUACACAUCACAGACCAGCAGCAUCUGGUUGCUCCUCAUUACACACCACAGACCAGCAGCGUCUGGUGGCUCCUCAUUACACACCACAGACCAGCAGCGUCUGGUGGCUCCUCACUACACACCAGAGACCAGCACAUAUUCUUUACAUCAUCAACAUGUGAAUCACUACAAAACGUAUUGUAUGACCUCUUAUACACUAUAUUAGGCCCAGCCUUUGAAACGUUGGUUUUCCUAGAUAUGGGCUAUUAUUUUGUGAUCACUACAUCCUAUGGAUUUAGAUACUGCUUUAAAGAAAAUAUCGGCAGAAUUAGUAAAUAUGAUUUCAUUCCUGUGCUGUUUGUAAAUACCCUGGUAAGGUUGAUUGACUGACAACCUGAACCUGUCACGCCCUGGUCUUAGUAUUUUGUGUUUUCUUUAUUAUUUUGGUCAGGUCUGGGUGUGACAUGGGUUUAUUAUGUGGUGUGUUUUGUCUUGGGUUUUUUGUAGGUAUUGGGAUUGUGGUAUAGUGGGGUUGUCUAGAAAAGUCUAUGGUUGCCUGGAGUGGUUCUCAAUCAGAGUCAGGUGAUUAUCAUUGUCUCUGAUUGGGAACCAUAUUUAGGCAGCCAUAUUCUUUGAGUGUUUCGUGGGUGAUUGUUCCUGUCUCUGUGUUUAUUGUCACCAGAUAGAGGCUGUUUAGGUUUUCACUGUUUAUUGUUUUUUGUAUACUGUUCGUGGUUUCAUCUUUAUUAAAGAUGUAUACAAAUAACCACGCUGCAUUUUGGUCCUCCUCUCCUUCACCGGAAGAAAACCUUAACAGAACCAGGUUACAGGGAUCGGUUACAGUUUGAAGUGUUUUCUUGAGUAGGCAGCUUGAUAAGCCAGUCAAUAUUUAAAAUCACCCAUAAAAUAUACCUCUGUUGACAUCACACAUAUUAUCCAGAUACUGACUGUUAACACUUGGUGGACUAUAGCAACUUCCCCCAAGAAUUGGCUUUAGGUGAAGCAGGUGAAGUAAUAUGGCUGCAGGUUCAACAGUAUUUAACAUUAUAUUGUCUCUAAAGCUUUACAGGAAUGUGUUUCUGAAUAUAGAUCGCAACACCAGCCCUGUUAACAUUUCUUUCUUUAGAGUAGAUGUUAUUAACCAUGUAUUGCUACCAUUGUAUCAUCAAAGGUAUUAUCUAAGUGAGUUUCAGAGAGAGUCAGAAUAUGAAUGUCAUCUGUUACAAGCAAGUUAUUGACUUCAUGGACCUUGUUUCUCAGGCUGCAGAUGUUAAUGUGGUCUAUUUUUAGCACUUUUCUGGGUUGCUUGAUUGGUUUUUAAUGCUUUACUGGGAAGCUUAUCAGAGGUAGACUUACUCAUGUUAUUUACAUUGGAACUGAUAGUGCAGGGUGAGCUGCACUAAGUGGUCUUCUGUGAUGGAGAAGCGAUUGGUGUACACACACACACAUUUUGAUUGAACUGUUGAUGGGGGAGUAUUGUAUAUAUAUUUUAAUAUAUAAAGCUGUCCCAUAAUGUAUACUUUUGGUGACAGUACUGUUUUUCUUCCGGAAUCGCUAUGUAAAUAAACACCCUUGAACAGAAGUACUGUUUCAGCUCCGCCAUCAUUUUAUUUAAUGGAGGUUAGGCUUUUUUUUUUUCAGUUUUGCCUUCUGGCCUGCUCUACAUCUUCCUACAAGGGUACACCGCCUCAGUGUUAACAGUAUAACUCUGGUUCAUAGGCUCGUGAUUACUGCAUAUAAUAGCUGUAGGAUCAGAGGAAUUCAGGGCAAUUAGGGAGACAAAUUAAGUUACUUACAUUGUGUCUGCCAAUGCCUGCCAAUGCCCCUAGGAUACCCCAUAAUAACAAAGCGAAAACAGGGUUUUAGUCAUUUUUGCAAGUCUCUGAAUGUCCUUGAGUGGCCCAGCCAGAGCCCGGACUUGAACCCGAUCAAACAUCUCUGGAGAGACCUGAAAAUAGCUGUGCAGCAACGCUCCCCACCCAACCUGACAGAGCUUGAGAGGAUCUGCAGAGAAGAAUGGGAGAAACUCCCCAAAUGCAGAUGUGCCAAGCUUGUAGCGUCAUACACAAUAAGACUCGAGGCUGUAUUCGCUGCCAAAGGUGCUUCAACAAAGUAUUAAAGGGUCUGAACACUUAUGUAAAAAGUUACUUUAUGAAUUUGUACUAAAUUCUACAAACCUGUUUCAGCUUUGUCAUUAUUGUGUAGAUUGAGGGAUUAUUUUUAAAAUCCAUUUUAGAAUAAGGCUGUAACGUAACAAAAUGUGGAAAAUGUUAAGUGGUCUGAAUACUUGACGAAUGUACUAUAUGCACGACCAAUAUUGCCUUUAGAUUCACCUGUAAAACUUGUUGAGUUGGGAAUUAUUUUAAAUCAAAUGUCUAGUCACUGCUCAAGUAUCGCAAAAGUACAAGUGGAACAAGCUAUAACUGAAUUUUUAGUUCAACGUUCUUUUUUUUUCACCUUUAUCUAAUUAGGUAAGCUAGUUGAGAACAAGUUCUCAUUUACAACUGCGACCUGGAUAAGACAAAGCAAAGCAACACAAACAACACAGAGUUACACAUGGAAUAAACAAACAGUCAAAUAAUACAAUAGAGAAAGUCUAUAUACAGUGUGUGCAAAUGAGGUAGGAUUAGGGGGGUGAGGCAAUAAAUAGGCUGUAGUGGCGAAAUUAUUCCAGUAUGGCAAAUUAAACACUGGGGUGAUAGAUGUGCAGAAGAUGAGUGUGCAAGUAGCGGUACUGGGGUGCAAAGGAGCAAGAUAAAUAAAUAACAAUAUGGUGAUGAGGUAGUUGGAUGGGCUAUUUACAGAUGGGCUAUGUACAGGUGCAUUAUCUGUGAGCUGCUCUGACAGCUGGUGCUUAAAGCUAGUGAGGGAGAUAUGAGUCUCCAGCUUCAGUGAUUUUUGCAGUUCGUUCCAGUCAUUGGCAGCAGAGAACUGGAAGGAAAGGUGGCCGAAGGAGGAAUUGGCUUUGGGGAUGACCAGUGAAAUAUACCUGCUGGAGUGCAUGCUAUGGGUGGGUGCUGCUAUGGUGACCAGUGAGCUGAGAUAAGGCGGGGCUUUACCUAGCAAAGACUUAUAGAUGACCUUGAGCCAGUGGGUUUGGCGACGAAUAUGAAACGAGGGCCAGCCAACGGGAGCAUACAGGUCGCAGUGGUGGGUAGUAUAUGGGGCUUUGGUGACAAAAUGGAUGGCACUGUGAUAGACUGCAUCCAAUUUGCCGAGUAGAGGGUUGGGGGCUAUUUUGUAAAUGACAUCGCCGAAGUCAAGUAUCGGUAGGAUGGUCAGUUUUACGAGGGUAUGUUUGGCAACGUGAGUGAAGGAUGCUUUGUUGCGAAAUAGAAAGCCGAUUCUAGAUUUAAUUUUGGAUUGGAGAUGCUUAAUGUGAGUCUGGAAGGAGAGUUUACAGUCUAGCCAGACACCUUGGUAUUUGUAGUUGUCCACAUAUUCUAAGUCAGAACUGUCCAGAGUAGUGAUGCUGGAUGAGGUGGGUAGGUGUGGUCAGCGAUCGGUUGAAGAGCAUACAUUUAGUUUUGCUUUCAUUUAAGAGCAGUUGGAGGCCACAGAAGGAGAGUUGUAUGUAACUUGUUGUUACAAAGAGGAAGGCUUUGGAUUUGCAAAGAGGAAGGCUGGCCAUGCAAAUAGGUUUAAUAGCAUAUCUUCAUCCCUGAUCUUGACAGCCUCUCUCCCCUCUAUUUCCACAGGUCCUUCCAACCUGGACUCAGGGAUAGACGGAACAUAGUAAACGUAAAGCUGUAACAAUCAAAUGAGUAUCAUAUGUUACGUUUCGUAUGGUAUGUAAUUCAUUUGUGGAUGUCCAUUUCAUAUGUUACGAAUUGCAAUUUGUUUUGGCUAACGUUAGCUAAGCUAGGGGAUAAGGUUAGGGUAAAGGUUAGGCGUUUGUUAGUGUUGGAUUCAGGGUCAAUUUGUUUUGGCUAACGUUAGCUUAGCUAGGGGAUAAGGUUAGGGUAAAGGUUAGGCGUUUGUUAGUGUUGGAUUCAGGGUCUAGGUCUAGUGUUGGGUCUAGGAGCUACUUUAAACAUCAUAGUUGGGUUGGGGUUAGCUGCUUUAUUGGCUAAUGCACCAUAUGAAAGAGGAUAGAUGUUAUAAUUGUACUCUAAACAACAUGUUGAAAGCGUUGAUGUGAAAGCAUAUACAGUACGGAGUUACCUUAAGAGGAUGUAGAGGUGUGGCAAUGGAGGAGAUGGGGAACAAAGUGAAAAUGACAUGACUUGGGAACGCCUCUCAGAACCUGGGGCCGGAAGGGUAAGACUGGGCGAAAGCAUGAGGUGUUUUUAGGGUCUUCAUUUUUGUGGAAUCCAGCAGAAAAGUAUAGAGUCAGGUGAAGAGAGAGUGAGAAUCGUCAUGAUCUCAGACUUUGGUUUUCAUGCAUAUAUAAUUAUGCAUUGCUUAUCACGUUGUUAAUACUGUUAUGUUUUGUGUCUUUUUGUUGUUGUUUUCCAAGUCUUGUGCGACUCUUAGCAACCAGAAGAAGAGAAAAGGAGAAACACAAAAGCGUUCCAGCUGACAUGGAACAAGACAGCAGGUUCAGCUGGAAUGUCAUUUUGCUGUGUGAUGAGAGACGGAAAUAAAAUUGUGUGUGGUAUGAUCAUAGAACAGAGGCCAUAGGGCUCUAAGCCUGUAAACCUCCUUUUCAAGGCCUACCUUCAAACUCAGGGCCUCUUUGCUUGACAUCAUGGGAAAAUCAAAAGAAAUCAGCCAAGACCUCAGAAAAUGGAAGACCUCCACAAGUCUGGUUCAUCCUUGGGAUCAAUUUCCAAACGCCUGAAGGUAUCACAUUCAUCUGUACAACCAAUAGUACGCAAGUAUAAACACCAUGGGACCAUGCAGCCGCCAUACCGCUCAGGAAGGAGACACGUUGUCUCCUAGAGAUGAGCGUACCUUGGUGCAAAAGUGCAAAUCAAUCCCAGAACAGCAGCAAAGGACCUUGUGAAGAUGGUACAAAAGUAUCUAUAUCCACAGUAAAACAAGUCCUAUAUCGACAACCUGAAAGGCUUCUCAGCAAGGAAGAAGCUAUUGCUCCAAAACCACCAUAAACAAAAAAGCCAGACUACAGUUUGCAACUGCACAUGGGGACAAAGAUCGUAUUUUUUAGAGAAAUGUUCUCUGGUCGGAUGAACCAAAAAUAGAAUUGUUUGGCCAUAAUGACCAUCGUCGUGUUGAGGAAAAAGGGGAGGCUUGCAAGCUGAAGAACACCAUCCCAACCGUGAAGCAUGGGGGUGGCAGCACCAUGUUGUGGGGGUGCUUUGCUGCAGGAGGGACUGGUGCACUUCACAAAAUAGAUAACAUCAUGAGGCAUGAAAAUGUGGUUAUAUCGAAGCAAGAUCAAGACAUCAAUCAGGAAGUUAAAGCUUGGUUGCAAAUGCAUUUUCCAAAUGGACAAUGACUCCAAGCAUACUUCCAAAGUUGUGACAAAAUGGCUUGAGGACAACAAAGUCAAGGUAUUGGAGUGGCCAUCACAAAGCCCUGACCUCAGUCCUAUAGAAAGUUUGUGCGCAGAACUGAAAAAGCGUGUGAAAGGCCGACAAACCUGACUCAGUUAUACCAGCUCUGUCAGGAGGAAUGGGCCAAAAAUUCACCCAACGUAUUGUGGGAAGUUUGUGGAAGGCUACCCAAAACAGUUGACACAAGUUAAACAAUUUAAAGGCAAUGCUACCAAAUACUAAUUGAGUGCAUGUAAACUUCUGGCCCACUGGGAAUGUGAUGAAAGAAAUAAAAGUUGAAAUAAUGUCCUCCACUAUUAUUCUGACAUUUCACAUUCUUAAUAUAAAGUGUUGAUCCUAACUGACCUAAGACAGGGAUUUUACUGGGAUUAAAUGUCAGGAAUUGUGACAAAUAGAAUUGAAAUGUAUUUGGCUAAGGUGUAUGUAAAACUUCAACUUCA